AAAAUAGCCUUCAUAUCUGAAGUCUUGUGCAUUGGAUGCGGUAUUUGUGUGAAGAAAUGCCCAUUCGAAGCUAUCCAAAUUAUCAAUCUACCCACCAAUCUCGAAGCUGAAGUCACCCAUCGUUACACCGCGAACUCGUUCAAGCUCCACCGACUGCCAACACCACGACCGGGUCAAGUGCUGGGUCUUGUCGGUACCAAUGGUAUCGGGAAGAGCACAGCGCUGAAGAUCUUGGCUGGAAAGCUCAAGCCCAAUCUCGGGAGGUACGACGAUCCUCCGGACUGGCAGGAGAUCCUUCGCAAUUUCCGCGGAUCCGAGCUGCAGAACUACUUCACCAAAGUGCUGGAGGACCACCUCAAGGCACUUAUCAAGCCUCAAUAUGUGGACCAUAUCCCUCGUGCGAUGAAAGCCAGCGCCACUGUCUCUGAGAUGCUGGACUCGAAACUGGAAAUGGGCAAUAAGGACGAGAUUGUGAAUGUGCUAGAGCUGAACGAGGUCCUUGACCGAGAUAUCAGUGUCCUUUCUGGUGGAGAACUGCAGCGGUUCGCUAUCGCCAUGUCUUGCGUGCAGAAUGCCGAUGUGUAUAUGUUUGACGAGCCGUCCUCGUACCUCGAUAUCAGGCAACGUCUAACAGCUGCGCGGACCAUUCGUUCCCUCGUUCGCGCACAGUCCUACGUCAUCGCUGUCGAACACGAUCUGUCAGUGCUCGAUUAUCUUUCCGACUUUAUCUGUUGCUUGUACGGCAAGCCAGGUGUCUACGGCGUCGUAACAAUGCCCUACUCUGUUCGGGAAGGGAUCAACAUAUUCCUUGACGGCUUCAUCCCGACAGAGAACCUUCGAUUCCGUGACGACGCGUUGACGUUUAAGAUGUCGGAGACUGCGGAUGAGGUGCUUCUCGAUCGGACACGGCGCUUCCAGUACCCGAAGAUGAGCAAGACGCUGGGCAAUUUCAAGCUGGACGUCCAGUCAGGCAACUUCACCAACUCGGAGAUUAUCGUCAUCCUCGGUGAAAACGGGACGGGCAAGACGACCUUUGUCCGAAUGCUGGCUGGCGCACUGGAGCCAGACGAUGCAAAGACGUCCGUCAAGUACAACGUUUCCCUCAAGCCGCAGAAGAUCGCGCCCAAGUUCCCUGGGACGGUGCGGAUGUUGUUGCUGAAGCAGAUCAAGGCGGCCUUCAUGCACCCGCAGUUUAACACCGACGUGGUCAAGCCGAUGAACAUCGAGAACGUCAUCGACCAAGAAGUGCAGACGCUGUCCGGUGGGGAACUGCAGCGUGUCGCCAUCGUCCUUGCCCUCGGCAAGCCUGCGGAUAUCUACCUGCUUGAUGAGCCCAGUUCCUUCCUCGACUCUGAGCAACGUAUUACUGCGAGCAAAGUCGUCAAGCGGUACAUCCUGCACUCGAAGAAGACCGCCUUUGUCAUUGAGCACGAUUUCAUCAUGGCGACGUACCUUGCCGACCGAGUCGUCGUGUUGGAGGGCCAACCGGCUAUCCAUGCGACGGCCACACCACCACAGAGCUUGCUCACGGGCAUGAACCAGUUCCUUGCUUCGCUCGAGAUCACGUUCCGUCGCGAUCCGACCAACUUCCGCCCGCGGGUGAACAAGUUUGACUCAAUCAAGGAUAGGGAGCAGAAGUCAAGCGGCAGCUACUUCUUCCUCGAGGACGCGGCGGAAGACCAGUCGCGCAGCACCAAGACCUCUGCGCCCGGGAGCAAGAAAUAGACGACAGCAUCGAGGAGGUAUCAUUAGCAGGGGGGCCGGGCGGAUAUUGUUGUAUUCCUGUAGCAGCG